UGCCACAUCGGGAGGCGCGUUCAGCGCUUUCUUCGGCAUCGUGUGAUUGCAACGGUGGCACCGCCGUCAGAGUGGACACUGUCGUCGAGACAGCACAUCCUUCGUUGCUCAGUACCGCCAUCAACAUUAAUCGUUGUACUUCCAUAUGGUCCUUGAUGUUGUUGCACAGUCUGGGAACACCAUGAUUUGCUAGGUACACUAUUCCUCAACGAGAGGCACUGGGCGUCUACCUACCCAUGUUGUACUGUAACCAACUCGUGUUUCCUUCCUUACUCGCGCCUUCUCACAAAACAAAAGUGUUUUGAUUAUAGAGCGCUCUUUCGGAAGCUAAAGCAUAAGAACCAGGGCCAUUCGCGGUACAUUCCCGCCCUUGCACAGGCUCUCUCUCUGGUAUAUCCAGCCUGUACCCUUCCGCCGACUGACAUUGACAGUACAUUGCCUUAGGCUCAGCUGGAACUCAGCCAAAUAGGUACAUCCUUACGGUCCCUGUAGAGCGGUUGUGACUCAGAUACAGAGAGCUUACGAACAUGAAUGCACCCUACGUUUACCCUCAAUUUUUCUAUCAGACUCCAUAUCUUUACCCAUACCACAACCAACCCGUCAACUCGCCCUUCAUCCCGUCAUGUGCUCUUCCACCUUCACCACAUGGAGACGCAGGUACUAGACGAGUUAGGUUUGCGGAUGAGGAACAAUACCCACAAACGCGCCCGCGACCGCCCUCUUGGCAUGCGGGGAUGGCUGGAAUGGCACCUCCGCCUAAUCCUGCUCCCUUCCCCUCCCCUCCAGUUCUUUACGCUCCACUGCCAAUGCCCGUUGCAGGACCACCUCCGGGGUAUGUUCCUCAGCGUCGUCGUUCCGACGGCAACGUUCCUGGCAUGAACCAUGCUUGGAUACCUGUACCUUGGAUUGCGUACCCUCAGCCGCAGUAUCAAGCACGUCCACCCCCACAAUUCCAUCCUCUGCUGAAUGGGGAAACACAAACACCAAUGCUGUUCUUUGACCUAUCUGUUCACGCAUUCGACCCUUUGCGGCUUAUAUCGCCAGGGCGAAGGGCAGGUAAAUCAUUGGCACUGGAUGAGCUUCAACAACAGGCGACACAUCCGGGGGUCACUCGCAUGGUCAUCACCUGCGAUGCUAUCCCACAAUGGCCAAUCACUCUGGAACCUUACGAUGACCAGUCGAACUACCUCUCGGUUCCCCGCGCAUCAUAUGACCAGCCCAUCACCCUUGGUGACAUUCUCGUCGCCAUACAUCGUGCGCUUCAGACCCAAAUCUCUCAUCGUGACUGGGUCAAACUCACAAACGAGGAUGCCACUGCUGUGGCCAGGGCUUAUACUAGGCGUUGUCGAACGUACCCUAGUGCAGAACAGUUCGAGGCCAGUCAGGGUGUGCGGAAAGUGGAUUACCUCAAGGAUAGGUACAUCUUCAAGGGUUUGACCCGAAGAAGAGGGGACGAUGGGUUCGAAUAUGUCAAGCUGCUCACGGGCCCGAAAUGAACGAACGAAUGAACGGACGCAUUGUGUAUGUAUGUAUGAACCCUUUAUGAGCGCGAUGAUACCCAUUUCUUCCCCUUCUUGGUUAUGGUUGCGAUAAUGGACGCAGUUGCUUUAGACCUUUCAUUAUUCUUCAUAUUUUUAUAUACAGUACCUAACCCCAUCUCACAUUUCCUUUCUUCUUUCCCUUUUUAUAAUUCAAAAAAACAUUCUGGGACAUGGUUCUCUUGGUUCUGUUUCCAGGUGUGUUGUGGAAUGGGCAUUGUCAGUACAUUCUAAUAGUAGCUAGUUGUAAACAGAAAAGCAAUAGGAUAGUUGUAUACAUAGACGGUAGGAGGUUGUACACAACACAUGAUACUGAUGUAUAUGCAUUCGUGUAUUCAUUUGCCCUCUGACGACAACAUAGUAUGCG